UAUUAUAAGUCUCGGCAGUCUUAGGGGGGAUUUGCCCUACAAAAGAGCUUUGACGCUGAAUGCCGGGACUCGCCUUUCAUCUAUACCUUUUUUGAUGUGGCUCUUCCUCUUGGUAACAAACAGAAUCGAGUAGUCGCCCCCGGUGCAGCCAUGGUGUCCUGUGCUCUCUUCGUCCUGGGCCCCCUGUGGGUCCACAUUCUGACACAAGCCUGCGCGGGCGACGAGCUGUCCCGCGAAGCGCUGCUGUCCUGGUUCGCAGGGCGGUUCCUGGAGCGCCUCGGGCUGGAGGAGGCGCCGCCGGCCGCGGCGGAGGUUCCAGGAGCGAGGCCCGCACCCUGCAGGGCCCCGAGGACCAGCAGGGCGGUCACCCACCCGACCCCUCCGACCGUGGAAACAUCUGAAAUCAUUCUCUUCCCCACUUCUGACUCAUUCUGCGCAGAGUCAGACGCCAGCAGCCACUUCACGUAUCGCUUCCAGCCCUCCACCAACAACCUGGAGCUGCUGGUCACAUCUGCCCACUUCUGGUUCCAUGCAGGCGAAGCAGCGAACUCCUCCGCCCAGCUGUUCGUUCAAACCUCAGCGCAGCGGCCUCUUCGGCCCGCCGGGGCUCCCUCGGAGACGAGCCCGGACGGGUGGAUCACCUACCACCUCGGAGGAGACCAGCCGGCCCCCGGGGGCGGGGGCCCCUUCCUGCUCCAGGUCCGCUGUGCGGCCUGUGAGAGCCACGCCGACGAACCAGACAAGACGCCCUUUCUCCACCUGCGCACUCGGCCUCGAGGCCCCGUGCGCCGGCGGAGGCACGCGGCGGCGACCGUCCCCUGGUCCCCUUCCGCCGUCGGCCCGCUCCGGCGGCCCUCCGGGGAGGGGCCUCGGCAGAGAGACUGCCUGAGGGCAGAGCUGGAAAUCAGCUUUGAGGAGCUGGGCUGGGCCCACUGGAUCGUCCACCCGAAGCGGCUGACCUUCUACUACUGCCACGGGAACUGCUCGGCCUCGGAUCGAACCACCGGCGCGCUGGGGGUCGCUCGGUGCUGCGCUCCGGUCCCGGGCACCAUGAGGUCCCUGAGGGUCACCACGACUUCUGACGGGGGGGCCUCGUUCCAGUACGAGACGUUGCCCAACAUGACUCCUGAAGAGUGCGUUUGUUUCUGAGCCUGGAGGCCUAAAGGGCAUUUGUUUUAGAAAAACUAAGUAUUUUAGAUACCACUCAAGACGGAAGAAAUGUGUAGUGACAGAUUAAAGCUCUGCAUUCAACUAGUUACUAAUCAGAAAGAGUUUAUUAGUCAAGUAUAAAUGAUUUAAAAACAUCCUGACCUAUAGAUGGCAGUCUUUGUCUACAUUUACCUC